AAUGCAAUGACUCAGCAGUUACAGAAUGAAUUUGACAGCAGCGUGGAGAACGCAGAAGCUUGGAUGAAGGCCAUCCAAGAGAGACUGAGGAUCAAUGACAACACUAAGGGACCUCGAUCUGCCCUAGAAGCCAGACUGAGAGAGACUGAGAAAAUACGUGCGCUGGAACCAGAAGGCAGCUUGAAAAUGGACUUGAUUCUUGUGAAGGCAGAUGCUGCUCUUCGCAGCAUCAGUGAGGAUAAGAAGCAUGAAGUACUAUCUAAACUGAAAGACAUUAAAGCCUUGUGGGAAGAGACAGCCAUAUACAUUACUCACUGUCACAGCCGUAUUGAGUGGGUCUGGCUGCACUGGAGUGAGUACCUGAAAGCCCAAGAUGAGUUUUACGCAUGGCUUCACAACAUGAGGGUGACCUUGGAGCCUGACAUUGAGUUGCAGCUUGGCUUAAAGGAGAAGCAGUGGCAGCUGAGUCAUGCUCAGGUUCUGCUGAAUGAUGUCUUAAAUCAGUCAGUCCUGCUGGAAAGGCUGCUAGAGGAAGCUGCUUCCCUGUUCAGCAGGAUAGGUGACCCCAGCGUUGAUGAGGAUGUUCAGAAGAAAAUGAGGGUGGAAUAUGAAGGAAUCAGGGAAGAAGCUCAGAGCAGAGUAAAACUGCUUGAAAAGAUAACCAAGGAACAUGAGCGGUACAGCGCUAACAUCAACCAGUUUCAAUCGUGGCUGAACAGUGUGACAGAAAGAUUAAACCGCUGCAUUGGAGAAGCAACCAAGUCUUCGGCAGAGGAGAAGUUAAAGGCACUGAAGGAAAUUGCCAAAAACAUUAAGAGUGGUGGAAAGAAAUGGAAGCACCUUGAAAAUCAGUGUGCAGAGGUGAUUCAGAAUACCUCCCCACUUGGAGCUGAGAGAAUGAAAGAUGAACUCGAAGAGCUAAGAAAAGCCUUGGAGAAGUUGAAACUGCUGAGUAGUGAAGAAGAAGAGAGAUUGCUCAAGAUCCAACAGGCAGAAAGUGCCUAUGAGUCCCAAGCCAGACAAUUAGAAGCUGACAUCGAGGAGUUGAGAAAAGAUCUACAGAGACUAGAAAAUGACCUGGACCCUGGGGAAGGUGAAAAGACUGAAGAUGAGUUUGUAACUCUGUGGAGAAAAUGCAAUGCAACGAGAGCAGCUCUGGCUGCAGAAGAGUCCAAGGUUGAGAGGCUGAAGGUUCAGCUUAAGGAACUGCUACGGUUUUCCCAAGAUGUGCAGCCACACGCUGAGAGUGUUGUCUCUGCAAUACAACAGUAUCAAAGUGUUAGAGGCAAGACAUCUAAAAUGAGCACGGAUACAGAAACCCAACUGAGAAGGCUCUUCCAAAAUCCCCUGCGAGACUUUGAACAGUGGAAGCCAUCAGUCCAGAUGCUCCUGGAGACUCCGGAGCCAGCGCUGGCCCACAUUGAGGCUGCUCUAGCUGAAAGCUCCCAGUUCAAAGAGAAGUUGAUGACAUUACAGCUGAAGAAAGAUUUGCUAAACAAUGUCCUUGGUGAGGAAAAAGCAAAGUCUUUCCUGCAAGAAUUAGCUGAAGCUUCAAAGGAGAGAGAAAUUCUACACAAAAGUCUGCUGCAAAGCAAGAGCAAACUCCAGAAUUUGAUAUCACAACAUAAGGACUUUGAUGCUGGUUUCGCACCUUUGCAGAAGAAAUUAUCUGCCAUCAAAGCCAAAUUAGAUCUAGAGAAGGAACCGCAGCCUGACCUCUUGGGUAAAAAGACACAACUCCAGAGACUCCAGAUCAUCCAAGAUGACUUGGCAGAGCUUGCGAUUCAAAUGGAGGAGGUAGAGAAGCUUGUUCAGUCAAAUACCACACACAGACAUGAGAUGAACCAACUUUCAUCUGACUCUCAGGCCUUGAAGAGAUCAUUGGAGAUGAUGAUACAGCAGAGUGAAGAGCACGUUCAGAAGUAUUGGGCAUAUAACGACAAACUCUCUGACCUCCAGCAAUGGAUCACAUUAACCACGGAGAAGAUUGACUCCUACCAGGGUGCUGAUGGAGAGCAGAACACUGAGGGCAGGGUGGCAGACCUUGAGAGAUGGCUAGCAGAGUUUCCAGAUAAGGAGAUCCAGCUGCACCUUGUGGAAGCUCAUGGCCAGCUGGUCAUGGAGAAUUCUUCCCCAGAGGAGACUGCCCAUGUCUCGGCAGAGCUGGAUCAGCUGAAGGAGUCGUGGAGAUCACUGAAGGAGAUGGCAACUGGUCUUCUCAAAAAGUGGCAAUUAAAUAGACCAGUGGCUGAUAAGAAGAAAAUAGCAUUUGUGGACAGCAGAUGGAUGUCUGGACCUGCCUUCCAUCUUCUAGAUGUAGAUCCAAACCAUAAGCAGGAGAGGAUAGGAGAAGGCCAAAAUACGAGCAGCCACUUGAAGCUCCUACAUGACUUUGAAGAGUGGUUACAAGGAGAAAACGCCAAACUGACGAAAAUUCUUGCUGUGACUUCAUCUUCCACAGAGGAAAUUAAGGCACGCCGGAGCAAACUGGAGGAGCUGCAGUCUCGUGUGCCUGAUGGUCAGUGUCUCUUUGAGGACCUUCUUCAUCUUCAUCCUGUCAUUGGAAAUUCUGAAGAUCUGGAGGACCUGCGUUACCGAUGGAUGCUCUACAAAUCUAAACUGAAAGAGUCCAUGAGUUCACCGAGUCCUGGAUCUUCGGAAGAACCAGACAGAUUCAGAAAGAAGCGCUCUGGAGGCCUGUGCGCAUUCCUUCAUCGAGUGUGCUGGGCAGCACUACCAUUGCAACUACUCCUCUUGCUCCUCCUGCUCCUGGCCUUCCUCCUGCCCCUGGCAGAGGAGACCCACAGCUGCACGCUGGCCAACAACUUUGCUAGGUCCUUCAGCCUGAUGCUGAGAUACGAGGGCCCACCUCCGACCUAA